AAUGGCGAAUUUCGCCGAAAGGUGACAAGUUUGCACCCCUGGGAGAGUGGUCGCCAUUCACUUUUUCAUCCCUGUUCAAGCUUCAUGCAAGUUAAGGAGACGCAGCAAUGCUAUUGCAAGCCAAGCCAACCACUGACAGGACGCUGGGUCAAACUGUUUUUAACAUAGCUGAGCGGGACAAUAGACCUGCACCAUCUGUGGAAGACACAAUCUUCUUAACGAUAAUGGACACAAAUGUCUACAGAGAUGAUAGUAACAGUUGGGUUUCCCCACUGCCUUUCAAAGAACCACGCCAGCGUCUUCCAAACAACAAAGCAGUCAACCGGUUCAUGUCCUUACAACGAACACUGCAAAGAAAGCCUGAGAUGCAGGGACAGUAUGUGGCAUUCAUGAGGAAGAUCUUUGCCAAUGGACAUGCUGAAGUAGCACCUCCCCUGAAAGACAACAAGGAGUGCUGGUAUCUUCCAUCGUUUGGGGUCUACCACCCUCGAAAACCCGAUCAGAUCAGGGUCGUCUUUGAUUCUAGCGCUCAAUACGCUGGAGUCUCACUCAAUGAUGUGCUCCUCACUGGGCCCGACCUCAACGACUCCCUCCUUGGUGUCCUGUGCAUGAGAACACUAUAAGGAUGGAUGAACAUAUGGAGGUUAUCCUGAAUGUAGUGUAAACAGAAGUUCUCCAGAAUGUUAUCUCUGUAUUUCAUCUAAACGUACAUUAGGACUUUACGUGUUAAACAAUAUGUUUUCUAAUCACUCAGGUACCUCUCUGAGUCCCCGCCCUCCUCCCUCAUGGUGGAUCUAUUCAUGAACCGGAUCCUGGUGAAGAACAACAGAGAGCAGGACAAGCUGGACACCGAGCGUGAGAUCGUCUCUUGCCUGCAGAACCGCGUCCUGAUGCUCGUCUUUGCUUCUGCUACGUGUGAGCGCUGCCAGCGGUUUGCAACGACGCUCUUGCACUUCUUCAAACGGUUAACAGAUGAGUUUUAUGUAGACCGCUCUGCCCAGCUCGUUCUGCUCUACAUAAGCUUGGACCUUUCAGAGGAUCAGCAGGAAAGCGUCCUUAAACAGCUGCCCAGGAGGUGCCUGUUCCUGGCCUACGAGGACCCCUACAGGAGGGAGCUGGAGUCCAUGUUUAAUGUGGAGGAGCUGCCCACAGUGGUGGUGCUGCGGCCGGACUGCUCCAUCCUCAUCCCCAACACAGUGGAGGAGAUUCUAUGCCUCGGCCCAGACUGCUACUCCAACUGGCAGGAGGCAGCAGAGCUCAUCGACAGGAACUUCAUGAUCAACGAGGACUUUGGGCAGAAGACUGUGUGCAGCCUGAGCAACCCUGUGAGGAGACUGAAGUACAAGGUGGAGGACGAGAAGAAGAAGAAGGCGCACAGAGGGUGGCGAGGAGGGGAUGAGGAAGACCACAAAGAUGGAGGCGGGUUGCCUUUCUAGUGCAGAUCAAGAACAAAAACAGAGUUGUUUCUAUACUGAUACCAGGACUGAUACCUGAUACCAGGACUGAUACCUGAUACCAGGACUGAUACCUGAUACCAGAUACCAGGACUGAUACCUGAUACCAGGACUGAUACCUGAUACCAGGACUGAUACC